GGCAUUUUUGUCAUUUAUUUUUAACUAAUUGUAUCAUAAUAAUACAGUUUUACUUUAAAUUGUCCAACUUAGAAAAAGCUGUUUCCAUUUAGUUACAGGCUAUUUGUCUAAUGAAUCGAAUAUUUUCAAAAGUUUUUGCCUUAAAUCUUUUGCAGAAUGUACCUGAUAAAUGUGUAAAUGUUAAUUUUUCAAAAUUAACCUUUCAGUUUAUUCGAUCAUUAACUAAAAAGAGAGGACCAAAUCCUUUUAACAACUACCGAAAAACAUUAGAAGUAGCAGGAAAAUCUUAUCAAUAUUAUGAUAUCGCUCAACUACAUCCAAAUUAUGAUCAACUACCCUACUCUAUUAGAAUUCUAUUAGAAUCAGCUGUCAGAAACUGCGAUAACUUUUCUAUUAAAGAAUCCGAUGUUCAAAACAUUUUAAAUUGGAAAGAAAAUCAAGAUGUCCAGGGCGGUAUUGAAAUCCCUUUUAAACCGGCUAGAGUUAUAUUACAGGAUCUUACUGGUGUACCUGCCGUAGUCGAUUUUGCAGUUAUGAGAGACAAAGUUAAGGAACUGGGAGGAGAUCCUAAAAAAAUUAAUCCAAAAUGCCCCGCUGAUUUGGUUAUUGAUCAUUCUAUCCAGGUCGACUUUGUAAGAUCGGCUGAUGCGUUACAAAAAAAUCAAGAUCUGGAAUUUGAACGAAACCAUGAGAGGUUUACAUUUUUAAAGUGGGGCGCAAAAGCCUUCGACAACAUGCUCAUCGUUCCACCAGGCAGCGGUAUCGUCCAUCAAGUCAACUUGGAGUAUUUGGCCAGAGUUGUUUUUACUGAAAAUUCCCUUUUAUAUCCUGACACUGUGGUUGGUACCGAUUCCCAUACUACCAUGAUCAACGGUUUGGGUAUUGUAGGUUGGGGAGUAGGCGGUAUUGAAGCAGAAGCUGUUAUGUUGGGUCAGUCUAUCACUAUGUUGUUGCCUAAAGUUGUUGGUUACAAGCUGUAUGGAGAAUUAAACGAAUAUGCUACUUCUACUGAUCUUGUCCUUACAAUUACAAAGCAUCUACGUCAGUUGGGAGUAGUGGGAAAAUUCGUUGAAUUUUAUGGUCCAGGUGUCGCUGCUUUGUCUUUAGCCGAUAGAGCCACCAUUGCAAAUAUGUGUCCCGAAUACGGAGCUACAGUAGGACAUUUCCCCGUCGAUUCCAACUCUUUGGAUUACUUAAGGCAGACAAAUCGCUCCGAGGAACAAAUUCAGGUCAUAGAAUCUUACUUAAAAGCUACCAAACAACUCAGAAAUUAUACAUCGGAAGCUACUGAUCCCGUUUUUAGCGAGACUGUUGGAUUGGAUUUAUCGACUGUCGUUUCUUCUGUCAGCGGACCUAAGAGACCUAAUGACAGAGUUUCAGUAGUUGAUAUGAAGAGAGAUUUCACCGAAUGCUUGUCCAAUAAGAUCGGAUUUAAAGGAUUCGGGCUAAAACCAGAAAAACUUAACGCAGUUGCAAAAUUCAUGUUUGAUGGUAAACAAUAUGAGUUACGCCACGGCAGCGUUGUCAUUGCAGCAAUCACUUCAUGUACUAAUACAAGCAACCCGAGUGUUAUGUUAGGAGCUGGCUUGUUGGCUAAAAAUGCAGUUGCUGCUGGUUUGAGCGUCGCUCCAUACAUCAAAACCAGUUUGUCGCCUGGAUCCGGAGUAGUUACUUAUUAUCUUAGUGAAUCGGGAGUUAUUCCUGCACUGGAAAAGUUAGGAUUUGACAUUGUAGGUUAUGGUUGUAUGACUUGUAUCGGCAACAGCGGCGGAAUCGACGAAAAUCUAGUAAAUGCCAUCGAGCAUAACGAACUAGUUUGUUGCGGUGUCCUCUCAGGAAAUCGAAACUUUGAAGGACGUAUCCAUCCUAAUACUAGAGCCAAUUAUUUAGCCAGUCCUUUAUUGGUAAUCGCAUACGCUAUCGCAGGUAGAGUAGAUAUAGAUUUCGAAACUGAACCGUUAGGUCAAAGACCAGAUGGUUCAAAUGUAUUCUUGAGGGAUAUUUGGCCCACUAGAAAGGAAAUUCAUGCUGUCGAACAAAAACAUGUUAUUCCUGCUAUGUUUAAGGAAGUCUAUGCAAAAAUUCAGCUCGGAUCUACAAACUGGCAAAAACUCGAGGCUCCUGAGGCAUUGGUAUAUCCUUGGGAUACUGCUUCCACCUAUAUUAAGAAACCUCCAUUCUUUGAUGGUAUGACUAAAGAUCUACCCGAAAGAAAGCCUUUGCAGAAUGCCAAGGUCUUACUAUAUUUAGGAGACUCUGUGACCACUGAUCAUAUUAGUCCUGCAGGAUCAAUUGGAAGAACAAUAAUUAUAAUAUGUACUUUUAGAUAUUUGGCACAACGAGGUUUGACACCAAAAGAUUUCAAUUCUUAUGGAUCAAGAAGAGGUAAUGAUGACGUAAUGGCAAGAGGAACUUUCGCUAACAUCAGAUUAGUAAAUAAAUUCAUGAGUAAGGCAGGUCCCAGAACCAUAUAUUUACCCACUAACGAAGAGAUGGAUGUGUUUGAUGCUGCCGAAAGAUAUAAGAAGAAUAAUACACCCCUGAUUAUUAUCGCUGGUAAAGACUACGGAUCAGGAUCCAGUAGAGAUUGGGCGGCAAAAGGUCCAUUUUUAUUGGGAGUGAAAGCAGUAAUUGCCGAAUCAUUUGAACGCAUUCAUCGCUCGAACUUGGUAGGCAUGGGUCUCAUACCACUUCAGUUCCUACCAAACCAAGGUGCCGAAUCUUUAGGUCUGACUGGUAAAGAAAACUACAGUUUCGAUUUGCCCAAAGAUAUCAAACCAGGCCAACUCAUCAAAGUAACCACCGACACCGGAAAGGCUUUCGACGUCAUCUUAAGGUUCGACACAGAAGUAGAUUUAUUGUUUUAUCAAAAUGGAGGAAUUCUAAAUUACAUGGUUAGGAAUAUGGUUAGGAAAUCUUAAAAAAUAUAUAUACUUUUAUAGCAAUAUAACCGGAAAACUAAACCAUGAAAAUCACAGCUACUAAUAAGAAUCAAAGAUAUGUAUACUAAAUAAAAUAGGUUUUAAGUAUUUUAUUUUUAAAUUUUCAAUAACUAAUAAAUAAUCCUUUUUUUCCUGGACACCACACCUCCUUCACACCACUCAUCUGCAACUAACUUCACUUUCCUAUCAUUUCUCUAGUCUCCCUUCUGGUCUCGUUAUUAUUUAAUGACGAUCAUUUCAAUAUCUAUAUAUAUAAUAUUUAAUCAAAUUAAUAGACAAACUUCUGUAUUUAUAAGAGAAUAAAUACUAAUUUGUUUGCAAUUUGACUAACUACAAUAUUUGUGUGACUGUCUUGUUCUAGUAAGAUCACUAAACGUUUACAAAAAAAAAACAAAAAGCAGUUGUUUUGUCUUCUGCCAUAUUGUGAUUUAAUGGGAAUAUCCGUUUUUGAUUUAAUGUUAUCGCUAAAUCUGACAGAAAAAGGACUACGUGGAUGUUAAAAUUGCGAUGAUCUGAAUAUUGCGAUAUUUUUAUUGCACAUAACCUCAAAGUGUAACAAGCUGUUCUGUUGAUUAACGGUUUUCUGUUAACUUCAAGUAAAAGUUGUAUAGUGAGACUUAACAAUUUGGUAUGUUAAUUUUUAAGAAAAUUUUGGACUACUGUCUGAUUCUAAAUCAUGAUGAUUUUAUAUCGAUGAACUUAUUAGUGACUGUAUCGGUUUUUGAAAAAGGCAAUAUAUCUUUUUAGUAGCGACUUAACAAAUAUUUUAUUACUUUUUAUACUUUGUUUUUAGUAAAACCUGUAAGGCUUUAGGCAGGUCAAAAUUAUUUGGACGAAAAAUAAAAUUUUUCAUCCAGUUUCAAUAUUAAUUGAAAUAAAUCUUGCUUAUCUGUUUGUUUAUAAUAAAAUUACUUAAAUAAUAUUUUGGUUGUGCCUAAAUGCUAUGUGACGUACUUUAUAAUAAAAAGUAACUUAAUAUAAGCAAUUGUUUUAUUUUUGGUGGUAAACUGUUUGGGUUUACAUUUUUAAUAUAUUAAUAUGUUGAAAAAUAUACAAAUUGUUGUUUAUUUUGUAUGUACUAAAAUAAAAUCCUGGAUCAUU